GUUAGCGUCCCUGCCGGGUGCUGGAGGCGCCAUUGGACCCGGCUUGGCUGGUGAGCCGGGCUGAGGAGCCGGAGCUUGGGCCGCAGUUGUCUCCGCAUCAGCUCCUGGUCUCUGGUUCCUCAGCGACAUGGCGUGCGGGGCGACACUGAAGCGGCCCAUGGAGUUUGAAGCGGCGCUGCUGAGCCCCGGCUCCCCGAAGCGACGGCGCUGCGCCCCUUUGCCCGGCCCCACUCCGGGCCUCAGGCUCCCGGACGCUGAGCCGCCACCUCUUCAGACGCAGACCCCGCCGCCGACUCUACAGCAGCCCGCCCCGCCCGGCAGCGAGCGGCGCCUUCCAACUCCGGAGCAAAUUUUUCAGAACAUAAAGCAAGAAUACAGUCGUUAUCAGAGGUGGAGACAUUUAGAAGUUGUUCUCAAUCAGAGUGAAGCUUGCACUUCAGAAAGCCAGCCUCACUUCGCACUCACAGCACCUAGUUCUCCAGGUUCCUCCUGGAUGAAGAAGGACCAGCCCAGCUUUACCCUUCGACAAGUUGGAAUAAUAUGUGAGAGGCUCCUAAAAGACUAUGAAGAUAAAAUUCGAGAGGAGUAUGAGCAAAUCCUUAAUACCAAAUUAGCAGAGCAGUAUGAGUCUUUUGUGAAAUUCACACAUGAUCAAAUUAUGGGGCGAUAUGGGACAAGGCCAACAAGCUACGUAUCCUGAAGCUUUCCUGCAUAUCUGGGUACCGGGUUUGACCUCAAGAGAUGGCUGCUGUACACUUUUUGCAACUGGUUUGAUAUC